GUAUAAGUUCAAUCGUUCAGUGCAGUGCGCCGCUCUGCUUCGUCAGGUGCAGGCGCAUUUAGAUGUUAGUAAGAUCACGGUGGAGUUGAAAAGAAAUUUUCUUUAAAUUUAAACUUUUUCAAUUAAUUUGCGUACAAAAUGUGGAAAUUUGUCACUCGUGGAAUCCGCGAGACUUUAGAACGUCGUACAUGCCGUACGAAUGUUUAUUCGCAAACAUCUCAAGAUAAUACAAAAAAUGAGGUUAAAACUAAUUUGACAUGCAAUCAUAAGUUCGUUACGCCAAGUAUUUCGGUUUUUAAUCAAGAAUUCUGCGGAUCUGCGAAAGCUGGCGAUUUUAAGGAUAAAAAGGAGGAUUCCAAAUGGAAUACAAAACAUACCUGGACAGAAGCUGUAGGAUGGUCUAGUGUAUUAGCUGUUGGAUGGGUUGUAUGCCAAACAUUAUGUCUUCGUAGAAGAAUUUUUGAAAAGGAGAAAACUGACUCCAUAAAAAGCAAGUUACCUCAAUAUCCAGAAGCACGUACCUCUUACUUAUUUGGUCAAGUAUUAAAUUUGAGUCCAAAACAUGUUCUACGUGUUACCGAGUGUGCUGGAAACAACAAUAAAAAAUAUGUUCAAGAAAAAACGGAAUCAGAAUGGAACGCAGGCAAACCAUUUGGGCCUAUCACCAUUGAAGAGGCUCUCAAAGAAGCUACUGAAGAAUUUGCUAAUAUUCACAAAUUAGCUAUAGGGGAAUUUGAACUUCAUUAUGGCCUCAAAGCUUUAGAAGAAAAACGGUAUAAAGAUGCAAUAAAGCACUUUACUACUGGUGCAAAAUUAUCAUCUGCUGCUAGUAUGUUUAAUUUGGGUUUGUGUUAUGAACUGGGACUUGGAACAUUAGCAGAUUAUAGUAAGGCUGCAAGAUAUUAUAAUGAUGCAGCAGAACAAGGUCAUGCAGAUGCAAUAUACAAUUUGGGAGUUUUUCAUGCCCAAGGCAGAGGUGGUUUCUCGGUAGAUAUUGAUAGAGCUCGUGAUUAUUUUACUAAAGCAGCUAAGCUAGGCCAAAGUCAAGCACAGCAUGCAUUAGAUUUAGAGAAACGUUAUUAUCAAUCUACACAGAAAGAAAAAAAUGUCAUUUAUGGACACAAAAAUGAAGGUACUGUUAAGUACUUACAAAAUAAUAAUAUGAGUCAUAUUCUCAAGAAAAUAACUAAUUACAGCAAUGCAUUCAAUACACAUUUACAUUUGGAAUCUAUAGAAAAUUCUGAUUAUAACCAAAACGAAACUGAAAUUAAAAACUCUACAGAGAUAUUUUUAGAUUUACUUGGUAUAAAUGAAUCAAGUAUAUUACCUGCCACAAUAAAAUCAAAUAAUUUUAGUGUGCCAUGUUAAAAUGUAGCAAAUAAUUGAAAGUGA